AUGCUCGAAGAACUGCUACUGUUGAGACAACAGACCGAUGAUCUGGCUGUUGAUGUUGUGAGCCGACUGCAGGCCGUUGCUUUAAAGAACAAGAAAAGUAAUACGGGACAAUGUUUUGGUCGAUUUGACAUGUACGGUUUUUUGAAGGAACAUCAUGGAGAAGACAGUGUGCUACAAGAACUCUGGGAAGAAGUGAACGCAGUCCCUGAAUGGGUUGGUUGGGCACAGAUUGAGCGAGGACAGGAGUUUCUCUAUAUCGCUACUUGA